AUGGCGGCCUCAUUCUCUUCGACAUGGCGCUCCUUCUGGCAUACCAUGACCUCCAACGACCGUCAUGCUUCACACGAUUCUCCUUACAGGACCGGCCAGCAUGUCCCUCUCAGCCAGAGCCGUGAUGCCCCUCUUACCUCGGUAGCAACCAGUGCCAUUGAGUCGCGGCCAGACCUCACCAACUCCUUCGACGAGCCACCAUCUCUCAGUCGAUCUUCGACCUCCCAGGGCGCAAUCACCUCCCCCACACGGCCGUAUUCUCCAGGGAUGAGGUCACUAUCUUCCCAGAAACUCGACCAGAGCUCGGUGGACGGCGGAGAGAUACAGAUGCAGAGCUUUCAUGACGGUGCUCCUCCUCCACCUCCUGUCUCACAUUCAUGGAAGAAAAUCGACCGGUGGGUCGAGAAGAAUUACGAAGAGCUAUUCGACCAGCUUUGCGAAGGAUGUACGCAGAAUGACGUCAAUGAACUGGAACACGAGCUGGAUUGCAGCCUACCACUCGAGGUGCGCGAGUCGCUUCAGGUUCACGACGGACAGGAGCGUGGCGGCCUACCAACCGGUAUUAUCUUUGGAUGCAUGCUCCUCGACUGUGAAGAAAUUGUCCAGGAGUGGAAGAACUGGAGAACCGUCAAUGAAGAAUUCCUCUCUGGCUCGACCGUCUCUCAUCCUCAGCCUCCCUUGAAAGCCUAUGGCGGCGCAGCUGCAUCGUCCUCGUCGGCACCACCGCCGCCACCAACAACCCAGCAAAACGCAUCAAACCCCCUGUGGAGACAGGAACUACUUGAUAGACAGGACUCUCAACCCCCUCGAGCCAUACAAAAGGCCUAUGCUCACCCAGCAUGGAUCCCGCUUGCCAGAGACUGGGGUGGCAACAACAUCGCUAUAGAUCUUGCACCGGGACCAGCUGGAAAAUGGGGACAAGUCAUUAUCUUCGGCCGUGACUACGACUGCAAGUACGUUAUUGCACGGUCCUGGGCAUCGUUCCUUGCAACCGUGGCGGACGACCUUCAUUCACCUCACGUUUAUGUUGACGAGGAAGAGGGUGAAUUGAAAUUGAAGCCGUUUAGACAGCAUGAGCCCCCAUACCUCGAGAUCCUCCGCUGGAGAACCGAUCAGAAGUACGGUAGACGGCAGCCCAAACGACGAUCCAACGGACUCGGAGUGAAUACAAACGUCAACGGCAAAACUACCAGGGACUCUCCAUACGGUAGCCCAACUCCUAGUGAAGACAGAGGCCGAUCACCCCAUCGAUUCCCAUCUCGGGGACCUACCGGAAGCCCUGCGGGAGCAAUGGGUGUUUCCAGCCCUCUUGCACGCGUGACUGAAGAAAUAUCUUCUCCAGUGAACGGUACUAAUAAGAAGGAGCUAGACUUGAAGAUCCAAAGCAAACUAAGAAAAUCGGACGACCUGGUGGAUCUCUCGUCUCCCGUCUUGCAGAAGCCAUCCGAGUCCUUCCCUGCUCCCGAGACGAAAACAGAGGCACCCUCUGAACCUGCAACAAACGGCGAAGCCAAAGAGAACAACCCAUCUACCACCACCGAUAAGAAUAAGACCACCACCGCCUCCAAAGGCCUAGACACAGACGCAUUAGACGACAUGAAGACUGUUGAAAUUUAA